CCAUGUUUUUUCAAUUUUUUAAUAAUGGAUUUAAUGGUGCUCUGUGGGAUGUUCAAAGUUUCAGAUAUUUUUUUAUAACCCAACCUUGAUCUGUACUCCUCCACAACUUUGUCCCUGACCUGUUUGGAGAGCUCCUUGGUCUUCAUAGUGCCACUUGGUUGUGUCCCUUGCUUAGGGGUGGAACGGUCGUUAAGACAGUAACAGCUUACAGAUGAUAGGCAAUUAAGGUCACAGUUAUGAAAAUUUAAGGCACUAAAGAGGCCUUUCUACUGACUUUGAAAAACACCAAAAGAAAGAUGCCCAGGGUCCCUGCUCGUCUGCGUGAAUGUGCCUUAGACAUGCUGCAAUGAGGCAUGAGGAGUCCAUACGGUGAGACCCCGAAGACAGGGAGACAGGAUGGACAGCUGAUCGUCCUCGCAGUGGCAGACCACGUGUAACAACACCUGCACAGGAUCGGUACAUCCAGACAUCACAUCUGCGGACAGGUACAGGAUUGCAAAUGACUGCCCGAGUUACACCAGGAAUGCACAAGCCCUCAAUCAGUGCUCAGACUUUUCGCAAUAGGCUGCGAGAGGCUGGACUGAGGGCUUGUAGGCCUGUUGUAAGGCAGGUCCUCACCAGACAUCACUGGCAACAACGUCGCCUAUGGGCACAAACCCACCGUCGCUGGACCAGACAGGACUGUCAAAAAGUGCUCUUCACUGACGAGUCGCGGUUUUGUCUCACCAGGGGUGAUGGUCGGAUUCGAGUUUAUCGUCAAAGGAAUGAGCGUUACACCAAGGCCUGUACUCUGGAGCGGGAUUGGUUUGGAGGUGGAGGGUCCGUCAUGGUCUGGGGCGGUGUGUCACAGCAUCAUCGGACUGAGCUUGUUGUCAUUGCAGGUAAUGCUCAACGCUGUGCGUUACAGGGAAGACAUCCCCCUCCCUCAUGUGGUACCCUUCCUGCAGGCUCAUCCUGACAUGACCCUCCAGCCUGACACCAGCCAUACUGCUCGUUCUGUGCGUGAUUUCCUGCAAGACAGGAAUGUCAGUGUUGUGCCAUGGCCAGCGAAGAGCCCGGAUCUCAAUCCCAUUGAGCACUUCUGGGACCUGUUGGAUCGGAGAGCCAUUCCCCCCAGAAUUGUCCAGGAACUUGCAGGUGCCAUGGUGGUAGAGUGGGGUAACAUCUCACAGCAAGAAUUGGCAAAUCUGGUGCAGUCCAUUAGGAGGAGAUGCACUGCAGUACUUAAUGCAGCUGGUGGCCACACCAGAUACUGACUGUUACUUUUGAUUUUGACUCCCCCUUUGUUCAGGGACACUUAAUUCCAUUUCUGUUAGUCACAUGUCUGUGGAACUUGUUCAGUUUAUGUCUCAGUUGUUGAAUCUUAUGUUCAUACAAAUAUUUACAUGUUAAGUUUGAUGAAAAUAAACGCAGUUGACAGUUUACAACAAAAUAGGAAAAAUGCCAAGGAGGGUGAAUACUUUUGCAAGGCACUGGCCAGAAAAAUAAGCUUAUAUACAGUUGAAGUCGGAAGUUUACAUACCCCUUAGCCAAAUACAUUUUUUUUCACAUUUCCUGACGUUUAAUCCUAGUAAAACUUCCUUGUCUUAGGUCAGUUAGGAUCACCACUUUAUCUUAAGAAUGUGAAAUGUCAGAAUAAUAGUAGAGAGACUGAUUUAUUUAUGUAAUCUUCUGACCCACUGGAAUUGUGAUGCAGUGAAUUAAAAGUGAAAUAAUAUGUCCGUAAACAAUUGUUGGAAAAAUGGCCUGUGUCAUGCAUGAAGUAGAUGUCCUAACCGACUUGCCAAAACUAUAGUUUGUUAACAAGAAAUUGUGGAGUGGUUGAAAAUGAGUUUUAAUGAUAUACAACCUAAGUGUAUGUAAACGUCCGACUUCAACUGUAGCUUUACACAGAUAGUUUGGGAAAAUAGAAGUGCUAUUACUCAGUACUCUUUUAGUGCCCAUUGCAUUCUUCUUCCCUUGACAGAUUUACCUGUGAACCCCCCCGCUGUGUGCUCGCUCCAUGGCUGGCCUGGGCCGCGGCAGAGGUCGCGGCAAGGGGUACAUGAGCUUCAGUAUCGAGGCAGUCGGGAUUGGGAAAGGGGAGAACCUGCCGCCUUCAAUUCUCCAGCCUACACCUCUGUUCCCUCCCAUGGAACACAAGCCUGUCCCCUUGGUGAUGGGAGAGGAAGCAGAGUACAUGUUGGCACUGAAGCAGGAGUUCAGGGGAAACAUGAAGACCCUACCAUUUUAUGUCCGCCAAGCCGUCUCCAAGAAAGAUGUGGAGCGGUAUUCUGAUAAAUAUCAGAACAGUGAGCCGUCAGACAACACCAUUGAGUGGAAUCCAGACUGGAAAAGGCUACCAAAAGAGCUUCGAAUCCGUGUCAAGAAGCCCCUAAAAGAGAACACCUCUCUUAGUGUGGAUACACCAGUGGACCCCAAACCCAGCAAAAAGACCCGGGUGGACAAAGAGGAGAUCAUCCAUAAACUAGAGGUGGGAAUAACAUUGGAGAAAAAAGAGGAGGAAGUGACCUCAGAUGAAGAGGAAGGGGAGAAGAAGAAGCAGGAGGAAGAGCAGCAAGAUGGGGAGGAGGAGUAUGAUGAAGAAGAGUUUGAAGAGGAGACAGACUAUAUCAUGUCGUACUUUGACAAUGGAGAGGAGUUCGGAGGGGACAGUGAUGAGAACAUGGAUGAGGCCAUUUACUGAUACUUUGAAAAACAACAACAACAGAGCACUGUGCAUGCCUAGGACCCAAGAGUCCUGGGAAAAUAUGUGACACUCCAGACCUGAGAGAGACUCCAAAGCUGAAAGGAUGUGCUGUUCUUUGGUCCAUCUUGUAUACAUGGCCUGAAAUGAUCUUAACUUGACACAUGAAUCUUCAAAAUAACCCAGGAUUCAGUCAGUUCCUGACUUAAAAAAUAAUCUCAAAUUGAGAAGCAGGUUGCACAGUUCAAACCUGCAAUAGUUUUAAAUGGCUCUUAAGUGUGGUGGUGUUAUGGAGAGAGAAGUAUGCCAUUCUUCUUAAGCCGACAUCUUUUCUCCUGACACCAAUUAUAGUAUCAUUUCUUAGAGGGUUUUUAUCCAAUUUUAGAAAUGUUAAAGAACUUUGAAGAUAUAAAAUGUGUCUAAUACACCAAUUUUAAUAUUAUGCUGUUGUUUUAUGUAGUUUAUAUGUAGUUCUAAAAAGUUAUGUUUUGUAAAACUUUUAUAUUCAUGUAAUAUGUUAUAUCCAAUGUUCUCUGUUGGUUUGUUAUGAAAGAGGAUUUUACUCAACUUGAAAUUCUGAAAGAAUAAAUGGCAGCUAAUUUGUAAA